AUGGCAUUGACGAGCAGGAUCCAAGCACUUUCAGAGCUUCCUGCCACAGAAGCGACUGCACUUGUCCAACUCAUUGCUCAGGGCCCUUGGCUAGCCGACGAUGUGAAAGAUCUCUCUCAGGUGAUCAAUGGAAAGAUGAUGAAGUCAAUUGGUGAGAAGCCUGCCAGAAGACAGAACCAAACAUGCGCGUCCUUUGCAGGCUACCUGUCGAAGCAAGAUUGUCAAGUGCUGUCGCAGCAGGACAUCACGCACGCAGUCAAGCUUGACACCCUAGAAAAUGCAGCUGCUUCUGUCUUUGCAGCUGGACGAGUUGCCGGGCUCACAACCACUGAUUCUGCCAAGAAUGACUAUAGCCUUUUUAGUGAGUUGAAGAAGAUGAUCAAGCGGAAGGCUGGUCGGGUAGCAACUCCUGACUUCAUCGCAACCUUUCCGCCCAACCCUAGAGAGUUGUCGAUCUACCGGGAUGCCUAUACAGACGAUGACCCGCCACAACAGUUAGACGAGUCAGAAUGCAUCGCAAUGAAGAAUUCAGUGAUUUAUCGAAGCACGAACAAGUCGCUGAGGGAUGAUGCCUCGAAGCUGCAGCAGGUCGUGCCCAUAGCAGCGCCAGCUCCACAGCACGUGAACCAGCAGCAAAUGGCCUUCAUGCACCUCAUGCAGAAUUUCGCUGCUUUCAUGAGUGGGGGGGCGGCUUCUUCAAGCUCUUCAGAUGUUGGCAAUUUGACCAAUUUCCAAAUGCGCGGGCGCCAGCAGGCACCACAGCAUGCAUUGCCCGCAGUGCCUGGAUUGCCUGCGUUGCCAGCUCCAUCACCUGAAGAGACACAUCAGGUGAAGGAUACACCGACGCCGCCACAAGCAUCAGGUGCAAGAGUGGAGACAACACCACCCCAGGCAGAGGUGACACCACCUUGCAGACGAGGGCAACAAAGCCUUUUCACUCCAGAAGAGCAAGCCAAACGGGUGCAGGAAGCAUUUGACGCAAGGGAAUCAGUGAAGAUGAUGAAGCGCCCUUCUAAGAGUCCAGCAUCGACACCAAAGCCCAAAGCCGCCAAAAAGGCCAAGGCUAAGGCUUCUGGCAAGAAACAUGCUUGGCUGGGGGACUUUGAGACCAUCACAGACCGGCUGUGUGCAGGAAUUCCUGGCUGCUCAAAAUGCUCCGGUGCAACGAAUGGUUGCGCCGAGUGUCGUGAGCGGAUCAGAAAGUACAAAGCUCAGAGUAUGGGUUGA